UGGGCGGGCCGCAGCUCGGCUCUUCCCGUUCGGCCCAGCCCCUACGACGGGAAGUCGGAGCGCGGGGCCGCGCCGGGGCCGCCGGAGCCAUGGGUACCGCCGGAGCCAUGGGUACCGCCGGGCUGCCGCUGCUCCUCACCGUCUGCUGGCUAGGCACCGCCGGGGCGGCGACAGGAGGAAAAGUUCUUCUGCCUCCAUCCAACCUGAGCUACUCAUUUGUCCAAAUCUGCACUCUGAACUGGACCUGGAACCCCCCCGAGAACGUCAGCAGUGGCUGCGACCUGGAGUAUUCCAGCGAGGUUGUGAUCGAUGAGGUCCUGCAGGACAGCAGGGCUUGGAGCAAGAGCCGCUUCCGCCUGACCGAGACGUGCCUGAACGAGGAGAUGCGCUUCAAAGUGAGGAGUGAGUGCAAGCAGGACAACAGCACCCAGCCCAGCAGGUGGCUGGAGGCCUCUCUCCUGCCUAAAGGUGUCCCAGGUUCUGCUGCUGUGAACCUGAGCUGUGUCUGGCACAAUCUGGAGUCCAUGGCUUGCACGUGGCGUGCUGGGGAGAACGCCAGCAGGGACACCAGUUACACCUUGCACUACUGGUUCGAUGGCUUGGACAGCUCUCACAAGUGCAGCAACCAUUCCGUGCACCAAGGGAUCUCUGGAUGCAUUUUCCCUCUCAGCUUCCCAAAUGUCACCAGGAGUUACCCAGCUGUAAGGCUUCUGCUCCGAGCUGAUUCUGAGGCCAUCAGGCCUGUGUGUGCGAGUGCAAACCCCACCACCCUGGUUAAACCUGCUACCCCAGAGCAGCUCACACUGUCAAAGGUGAAAGAUGACAUCUAUGUAGAGUGGAGUGAAUCAGAAACCUUCCCAGACAACUGCUUGGUUUAUGAAGUUAAAUAUCACACUGGAGAUUCAGCCUCUGCUCGGAUAAUCCAAGUUGAAAGCAACUCUCUGUCAGUUCCCAGUGUUGAUCCCAAGAGCAAAUACACCUUCAAAGUGAGAGCAAACCCAAAACCUGAGUGCUACAGCAGCCACCUCUACAGUGACUGGAGCCAGGAGGAGAGUAUUGGUGAGGAGCUGGGCUCUGCCUUCCAUUCCGUGCUGCUGAUCACCAUCCCAUUGCUAGUGGCAGUCUCUACCAUCAUUCUGCUGGUUUACCUGAAAAGGUUGAAGAUAUUAAUUCUGCCACCAAUCCCAGAGCCCAGAGAAAUUCUGAAGCAUAUGUUUGGAGAGCAGAAUGAGGAUUCCCAGAGCUCUGCAAAGGAGGACUCCAUGGACACCUGCCACAGGUUUGGGAAGGAAGAAGAAAUUCAUUCUUUGAUUGUGACAGAAACCUCAGUGGCUGCUAACCCUGACAAGGAGACCUGAGGAGCUCUGCUCCACCUGUGACAGACAAGGAAGCUUCCAUUCCUGCCUUGUGCUCAGGCCACGAUGGGGACGUGAAGAGGCCUGCAAGAGCUUCACCAACUUUCACCUUGCUGAGUCCUCUCUGAGGCUCAGAAGAUGCAUCACCAACAGUGGCCAUUCCUCCAUCCCUGCCAGGAAUGGAGAGGCCUCCAGAGGAGCUGACCUCUGCUCCUGCCAGAGCCCUCCAGAGGAGCUGACCUCUGCUUCUGCCAGAGCCCUCUAGAGCUCUCCUCUGCUCCUGCCAGAGCCCUCCAGGGGAGGUGACCUCUGCUCCUGCCAGGGCCCUCCAGAGCUCUCCUCUGCUGCUGCCAGAGCCCU